AUGGGUGGUCACGCUGCGGAUCCUAAGAACGGCUACUACACCGGUGGCUGGGGUAAAUUCGGUUGCCCUACCCCCCAGCGCAUUGCUACAUACGCUCUCUCCCCUAACCAGCAGCGCCCCUUCGCUGGUGCUUUCCACGCCGCCAUCUUCAACACCUUCCGUCGCUUCCGUCACCAGGUCCUCUACGUCGUUCCUCCUUUCGUCAUUGCCUACGCUGCCAUGAACUGGGCUGUUGAGCGCAACGAUUACCUGAACUCCAAGCCCGGCCGCCUUCUCGAGGGUGGGGGUGAGGAGUAA